CCUGUAAAUGAAAUAAUGGAUUAGCUAUUCAACUUGAUCUAUCAGAAAAGUGAGUUGGAACAUGAUUGUCAGAUAUCUAAUUUUAGAAUAAAAAGAUUGUGAUAUAGCAGACGGCAAAAGGCACACACACAGCUAAAGACACUCAUGAACCACAGAACUCGAGAAAUCUAACUUAAUUCAGAUGGAUGCUUGUAUCAUAUGAAACAUCUAUACGUAUCUAUGAUGGAAAUAAAAAAAAGCUAUCAAAAUCAUUUUUGUAUGUGAAUUGAUUUAGUGAUUUUAGUUUCACUAGCAUGGGGGGUACAAUGUGCCACCAGUGCAUGCCGUUGGUAUUCACAUGUCCAUCCCAUUAGGUACGAAUCCUGUGCCUAGCAUGAAUCAUGUUUCUAGUACCGUACAUGUCGAUCACUAUGGUUCAUCAUGGUCGCUUUGGUCAGAACGUGCCACUUAUGCUUAAAUAGUAUUAUGCUGCACAAUAUUCCCAGAUCUGAACAUACAUCCGGGAAUAUAUGUUCUGACUUCUACUUUGUAUGAGGAAUAAGUGUCAGAUAAGUCUUUCUAUCUUUUACUUCUCAAUCUUUCCUCAACAUAAAUAAAUGCCUAGAAAUUGGUCAUUAUGCAACUAAAUUAUGUUUGAGAGCUGUCGCUACUUAUUUUAUGCAAUUUCUUUAGCAAAUGAGUGCAAAUUCUUAAUACUUUAUGCUAAUGCAUUUACUUGGAAAUUUGUUCUUGAAGCCUCCUACAGUUGGUCAAUUGUGUGAGGAUGAAUAUAGUAAAAUCAAAAGGGAAUGGCAUUGAGAAAUCCUUGUCCAUCGAAGAGCGGAAAGCUAAGAUAAAUGAAGUUCGUGAAAUCUUGGGUCCAAUGGUCAAUAUGCUUCCAAACUUCUGUUCAGAUGCUUCGGUAUCGAGGUAUCUACGUGCAAGAAACUGGAAUGUGGAAAGGGCAAGUAAGAUGCUGAAGGAAUCUCUGAAGUGGAGAUUGGAAUAUAAGCCAGAAACCAUUCGCUGGGAGGAUGUUGCUCAUGAAGCUGAGACUGGAAAAAUCUACAGGGCUGACUACCUUGACAAAAAUGGAAGAGCUGUUCUUGUUAUGAGGCCUGGAUUUCAGAAUACUAGCUCAAGUGAAGGACAAAUCAGAUACCUGGUCUACUGUAUGGAGAAUGCCAUUUUCAAUUUAGCAGCAAAUCAGGAGCAAAUGGUGUGGCUCAUAGAUUUUCAAGGCUGGACUAUGGCAAGUGUAUCAGUAAAAGUGACUCGUGAAACAGCUCAUAUUUUGCAGGACUACUAUCCCGAAAGGCUGGGACUGGGAAUCCUGUAUAAUCCUCCAAGGAUUUUUGAAUCAUUUUGGAAGAUGGUGAAGCCCUUUCUUGAGCAUAAGACUCACAAAAAGGUGAAAUUUGUUUACUCUGAUAACACGGAGAGUCAGAAAAUAAUGACUGACCUCUUCGAAAUGGACAAACUGGAAUCUGCAUUCGGGGGCCAUAAUCCAGCCGGGUUUGAUCUCAACAAGUAUGCUGAAAAGAUGAAAGAGGAUGAUCAGAAGAUGUCUGCUUUCAUGGAAUCAGCUUCUUCUGUCUUCUUCCAAGAACAAGCCCAUGUUUCUGUUCUCCAACCAGAGUUCUCAGUAACCAAACAUCAGUUAGAAUCCUCAUCUGAUUCAUCUCCCUCGAGUGAUGCUGAAUCUCCCAGAAGAGUAGAUACCAAGAUUUCAUCAGCAAACGAGAUGAAAGAACAACUGAACUGCAAGGACACCACAAUUGCUGAAUCAGGGGUUUCACAUCCGCUGAUCCAUAUGAAUGACUUUGCAUAAAUGAUGUAAUGUCUCUUCUUUGUUUAGUGCAGCUGUGUGCAUAAAAUCAGAAUAAAGUAUAUCCUCUGGCAACAGAAUUCUAUUUUCACAAAAUUUCCCAAUAUAAGAGAUUAGGCAAGCAAUACGAAGGGCAGCUUUUGGUUGGUGUGCUGGCAAGUAAAAGGUACAAUUAUAGGUUGGCAUUAGACCCUAUUUUCCCUUUGUAUUGUGAAUUUUUGAAAAGUUGGCAGAUAAAAACCAUAUCACCAGUAAACAACAUUGCAAUUGAGAUUGAUGAAUAUGCAUGGAUCUCAAUUUACUCAUGUAACUGGACAGUUUUUUCUUAUAAAGUUCCAUGUUUUGUAGAA